AAAAGAGAGGGAAAACCGAGGGAGAUUGAGAAAUGGAUUACACAAAGCUUGUCACAAUCGUAUAUAAGUGAUUAGUACGUUUAGUUCAGAAAACUAUUCGCGUCUUGCAUUUGAGACUGAUAGCAGCUCCUAAAGAAAUUGUGCUGUGCUAUACUUUUUCUUUGACUUCAAGUGUUAAUUUUUAUUUGCAAAAGAACGCCGAGUGAGUGUAAUUUUUCCCGCGCUUUUUCCGUAUUUUAUUUGCUGUUAUUUCCCUGCAGUAAAACGUGCUCUUGAAUCUACAAAAUAACGUAUUUUAAUUGCGCAAAAGGUGAUUUCCAAUUGAAUUUCUCCCUUAUAAAACUACACCUUUGACACACCCCUUCACUAUCAGCCCUCCCCCCCUCCAACCACCCCACUAAAUGCACUUUUCCGCUCUAUCUGGUGAAACUUUGCACUUGAGUUGCAAGUGUCUACACAGAUAAAAUUGUACUUUAUUUCUUUUUCUUUCACAAACGUAUCUGAUAAGAUUAUUUACACUUGAAGUACAAGAAAAUUUUUGCCUCAGUGACAAGUUGAACAUAUUUCAUAUUAGGUUAACUUCCCACAGAAAUACAGAGAAUAAGUGAAUAAAUAUCAAAAAAAAAAUGGGCCAAGUUCAAGGUUUGGAAAUUUUCCCCAAUGUGCCAAUCUCAUUCUAAUGAAGUGUAUUAAUUGCGCUCAAUGGAAAUACAAUAUUCGAGAAACUUCCCGUCAGUGUUUUCGUGUAUUUUCAAAAUUCUUCCUUCUUCUGUUUUUCUGUGUAACCAAAGCUGAAUUCAAUUCAAAAACCAUGCCUGUGGGAAAUCUUAUAACGCUUCGCAACGAUAUUGACUUCAGUCGGACUCUUGAGAAUUAUGCUUCAACUAAAAAGACUUUGGCUGUUUUGUUGGACUACGAUGGGACUUUGGCACCUAUUGCUGCGCAUCCAAAUGAUACCAGAAUCCCACAGGAAACAGAUGUGCAACUAAAACAGCUCGUAACUCGAGAUGAUGUCUUUGUGGCAGUUAUCUCGGGUCGAGGUGUAGACGACGUACGCAGCAAAGUCAACAUCGAUAACGUAACCUACGCCGGAAAUCACGGCCUGGAAAUUCUCUAUCCAGAUGGUACCAGGUACAACUACCCAAUUUCCGAUGACCUUAAAUCGAACUACACCAAAAUGGUUAAUACUCUCAAUGAGAACUUUGCCCACGAUGGAGCCUGGGUUGAGAAUAAAAAAGCAUCCCUCACAUUCCAUUAUCGCAACGUUCCUGCUGAACUUCAAAAUGAACUAAAAGAAGAAGUUAAGAAGACUGUCAAGGGUUUCGGAUUUCGAGCAAAUCAAGCCCAUAUGGCUAUUGAGGCUAAGCCUCCUGUUGAAUGGAACAAAGGCAUGGCAGCUCUGUGUAUUCUAGAAAACAAAUUUGGGAAGGAUUGGAGUGAUAAAGCCAAGGUGUUCUUCGCAGGAGAUGACACAACGGACGAAGAUGCCAUGAAGGCCCUUAAGAAUAAGGGGAUUAGCUUUAGGAUCGCAAACAGUGACCAAAUCGAAACUUAUGCAGACUACAGACUAGAAUCACCUUUGGGUGUAGGAAAACUUCUGAAAUGGCUGGCCAAUAGAUAAAUUGUACAUUCUUAUCUUUAAUCUAAAACCAAAAAGUUCUAAACCAUUUUAAAAAUUAAAAAAAAAAAAGAAAUAUGUAUAAGGGUCAACAAUGUUAUUAAGAAUAUUUUGUAAAAUGUUUAUUUAAUUAAAUACUUUAUUGUUGUGAAUAAAAAUGUUGUAUAAAUUUGUAAA